AUGACCUUUAGAGAUUCCUCUGUAUAUCAGGAGCUUGAUUCUUUUGUGGUGCAUGCCGUCAAGAUGCCGCAUCAGUUGCAAACUCCGAUCGUUCUGACUCCUGGCGGAAGCAACUUCUUGUACGUACAGACUGACACGCUCGCUGUGGAAAAGAGGCGCAACCAUUUACUCCUACGAAAACUUGACCUUGACACCGUGAGUAUAGUUCUGCACGUUGCUCGGAGCCCGGAGCUUACUGACACAGAAAAAUGUCAGGCAGCUGCUCUUGAUACCCUACAAAUAUCCAUGGAUCCCAAUGGCCCCGGUGCGGGCAACUCAAAGGUCGACUCAGCCCCUGAACAGAAAGGGAAGGGUCUGGAACGCCCGCCCAUAAUAUUUGAUGGCCUUCUUCCUCGGAUCGAGACACGUGGGCAGAGCAGAAUUUCCUCCACCAAGAGCGGCAAGAAGAAGGACGACAUCAGCAGACCACAGGAUUGCGUCCAUCAAGAUGAGAGCGUGAGUUUGAGCGAUGCAGCAAAGCGUUCUGAACCAACGGCGGUUGACGACACUGCAGCCUUUCCAGCUUCACGCCAGGAGAAUCAAGAUUGA